CGGUCCCCUCGCCCCGCCCCCGGUGCGGCCGCCUCAGGGCCCGGCGGGGCCCUGCUCCGCCGCCGCCGUCGCCAUGCCGGGCGGCGCGCGGGCUCUGUACCGGCGGAUCCUGCUGCUGCACCGGGCGCUGCCGGCCGCCCUGCGGGCGCUGGGCGACCGCUACGUGAAGGAGGAGUUCAGGAAGCACAAGGCCGCCGGGCCCGCCGAGGCCAAGCGCUUCCUGCGGGAAUGGGAGAACUAUGCAGCAGUGAUACAGCAACAAAUAAAUGAGGACAAACAAAAUUUGAGAGAAAAGGCUUUAUAUGGAAUCCAGCUCACAGAAGAAAAACUUAAUGACUUCCGUGAUGAACAAAUUGGGCAGCUGAAGGAACUGAUGGAUGAGGCUACCAAACCUAAUACAAAAAUCACCAUUUCUAAAGACUCGGAACACAAAAACUAAAAGGGUUUAAAAUUUGUUUUAAUGCAUACAGAAGUAUUUUGAAACUUCCUUUUCCAGCUGGACUGAAAUGUUUCUGUGGAAUAAUGGGCGCUGCUGCUGCCGUAACUUGUCUGAAAUGGAUGUCUCUGGCUAUUUGGCUUUCUAUGCAAGAAUAAAUGUUAUAAUGGAAUAAUCACAAAAAUUUUAUGUUCAUUGCAAUAUUUUUUUCUCCUAAUGGAAGGUGGAGACUUAAAGAAUUCGGUAAAAGUAAAUUUACACUUUUAUAAUAGAAA